AUGUUUCGACAUGUGAAGCGCUUUCAUUCAAUAGCUGACUUUAUUGAACUGAAACCGCAUGAUGCAAACUGCGAUCAUGAAUACAAUAUGGCCCCUGUUGAAUGUGGACUUAAUUAUGAAGCAAAAAUGAAGUUUAUUAACGAUUACGAAAUAUAUAUGAGUCUUCCUAUAGAUAAUGAUAUCGAACUCGAAAAUUUAACAUCAAUGCUUAACUUCGAUGUUGUUUCUUAUUCAAAAAAACUCAGAGAAGAAGAGAUUUCGCAUUUCAAUAAGAGAUUCUUUGACAAAGUUUAUAAAUGUAUGAGUUCUCAGAACUUAUACCUCGUCAUGUACACAAUUCAGCUAUUAGAUAACAUCACAAUUUACUUUUUCGAAUAUAAUCAAGUUAUGGAUUUCUUUGAUCAACAAUUUGUUGAUGCUGCUAUUAAUAUUCCGAAGAAGUAUCCAUCCCUUGCAAAGUAUGCGCUAAUAUUUUUGUACAAUUUGUUCUUUUCUUCACCAAUUCAUUUCGAAUUAUCAUUUCCUGUAUAUAAAGAGCUAAUUGAGCUCACCAAAAAUAUGAACGAUAAAGAUUUAAUACAGAAAUCCAUCAAUUUCGUACAUUUACUCGUUAAAAAUACGACGAAUAAAAUCGAAAUUCCGAGUAAAUUCCUUAGCGACUAUAUAACCUGGGCAAUCAAUCACGAUAUACUUUGUGUUCACUUUAAUGAACAAAAAUGCUCAACUUGUUGCAAAUUAAACGAUGCACAGUCACUUGGCCAGAUAAUUUUGUCUGUUUCAGAUGAAAUUGUAAAGACCAUCCCGGUAGAAGUCAUUUCGAAGUUCUUAAAUACUCUGGAAACGAAAGAAUUACUUCAAUCGGAAAUGAUCUCUCAACUACGUUCAAAACUUGGUCAAGAAGCUGCUUAG